AUGUAUAUAAUUCAAAAGAUAAAGGGAAUUAUAUAUGACAAUGCUGAUAUAACUAGUGUAAAAAAAGAAAAAAUAAAUAAAAAAGUUCAUGUUAAUGAACUAAAGGAUGAAAUAUGGUUAUACAAAAAUGAAUAUAAUAAAGAAAAUGUAAAUGAGGAAUAUGACAAAGAAAUUGAUGAUAACGAAUAUGAUGAUGACGAAAAUGAAAAACAGCCAACAGAUCAUUUUUUAGAAGUUCCGUUAUUUGAUGAGGAUGAUUAUGGGAAAAAUAUAAAAAGACGAAUAAAGGAUUUCCCAAAUAAGAAAAUAAAUUCUAUCAAAAGAUAUGACGAGACAGAAAUGAGCGAAGAAACUUUAAGUACAACAUAUGAUGAUGAAGAAAUAGACGAACCCUUUCUGGAUUUAUACGAAGAAUUAAAGAGGGAACAAAAAAUAAGAGAGUUCUAUAAUCCGAUGUUAAAGCCACGCUUAUGGCGUUUAGAAUUUUUUAUAAAAUACAUUCAUAAUUUGGAAAAUAAUAUUCAGAAAAAUUUUUAUUUAAUAUCAUUUGGAAAUACCAAAAAUAUAAAUCUUUAUGGGGGGUUGCAAAAUGAUGUACUAUAUACUCCGGGAUAUUCUAUCAAACCAGGAGAAAUUCAAUAUUUAAAGAUUCCAUUAACAAUUUGGAGUGAAAAAGAAUUAAGCAUAUCUUAUGAAGAUUUGAAAAAAUUUGAAGUUACAAUUGAAAUGUGGUGCAUAAAGGGGCUUAUCUUUAAUGAUCUUUAUGCUUCUUCUAAAAUAAAUUUAAAAGAAAUAAUUGAAAAUGAUCCAGAUAGUAGCAUAGUAUUAAAAAGGAAGAUUGAAAAAAAUAAAAUGACAUUUGAAGCCCAACGUUUGGGGAUAUAUAUGCAAUUAUCGGAAAUCUUCGAGUUUCAUAUGGCCUUAGACAGUUGGUGGUUUAUAGCAAAUUCUGAGAUGCCCAAUUAUUUAAAACUAUUACCAAAAUUUUUAAGAUUUAAGUUCCCUUUAAGUGAAGGUGAAUGGGUAAUUCAUAGUUCGAAUAAAUCUAAUAAUAAUUUUUGGCUUUAUCCUGGAUAUUUUUGUUUUAUUGGAACAUAUCGACAAUUAGCAAAUGCUUUUUUUAUUCUCGCAGUAUUAUGCUAUAAUUCUAACUACAGAUAUAAGCCACCUAUUUUAUUGGGUUCAUGUAUAGUAUCUCUAAAAUCAGUAACUGAAUACCCUUUUUUUAAGGGAACUGUAAAAAAGCUAACGUUGGAAAAAAGAAAAUUUAAGCAGGGAGAAAUUGUAGGAAAUAUAAAAUGCUUUGUUAAUAGUUAUGGAAUACAAGAAGACGAUACAAAUAUCCAAAGGCCUGUUCAACCAUUAAGUGAUGUUACAUUAGUAAACCAAUUGUCUUUAAACGAUCAUUAUUUAGUAAUAAGAAUAAUAAAAUGCGAAAACUUAGCUAUAAGUAGUAUAGACCUAAACAAUAUUAAUAUAAAUGUGUGGGUAAAAUGGGAUGGAAUAGUUAACAAAACAGAUAUUGUAUCAAAAACUGUGUCCCCUUUUUUUUAUCAAAAUUUAUAUUAUCCAAUACGAUUAGUUGACAAAAAAGAAUUAACAAAUGAAAAAUUAAUACAUAAUGUAUUACCUAUCGAUUUAAUUUCAAAAGGAGAUAUUUGUUUAGAAGUUCACAAUAAUAAUGAAAUAUAUUCAUCAAUUUUAGGGAUUUUCGAAUUGCCAUUUUCGGAUAUAUUUAAUUACGGAACAUAUGAUUAUAGAGGAUUAGUUCAGGAUAACAAUUCGAGUUCAAUAUAUAAUGAAAACAAAAAUUACGAUUUUUAUGAUCAAGAGUUUGAUAAUCCCGAUGAGAAUUAUGAGGAUUAUUAUUCAAGACAAUAUAAAACAAUUGUUUAUAAAAAUACAUUAGAUUUAAUGUAUUCUAGAGCACAUUUAAAAUCUUUAAAUAAGGGAAAUGCGCAAACAAAAAGAAAAUCGACCAUAUCAAUCGAAGCUUUUGUAAUCCCUCCACUUCCAAGUGGGUUGGUUUUUUUUAAGGAAAAUCAAUCUCAAAAUUCUUCUAUAAUAUACAAAUCUAUGUCAAAAAGAUGGGAUCAAGAUUUUAAGGGAUUUAAUGAUAUAUAUUUACAGUGGUUUCCAAAGGCUAUUAAAAAUAGAAGCUUCCCUUGUAUAAGCAAAAAUGAAUUUGACGAUAACUACUAUCCUCUUUGUAGUUUUGUAACGCCUAUUAAUUUACCGGCCCAAGUUUCAACACCUGGUCCUUUAUUUCACUGGCUAAAUAAUAUUGAGUAUAUAGAAAACGACGAUGAGUCGACCAAUUUGACUCCUCCACAUUUUUUCUUGUCUUACAAAAAGGGAACAAUACAAGACCAUGCCAUAUUACUAUGCUGUUGUUUGAAGGGAUUGGAAUAUGACGCAUAUGUAUGUAAAGGCACUAUAAAUAACGGUAAAACGGAGCAUUACUGGGUAAUGACUAGACAUGAAAAAGGAUGGGUAUGUUUUUGGGAAGUAACAAAUAAAUCUAUUAUACAUUUAAAAGAUCGAUGGAAUAACAAUAAUUUUUUAAAAAAUUUUGAUAUAUUAGCAGAAAAUAAAAUGAUUAAUAAAAUAAAUGAAAAUGAUAAUGAAAAAUAUUAUAAUGGUGAAUAUUUAGUAAGUUAUAUAAAAUAUGGUUUAGAAGAAUUAAAAAAUCGUAAAAACCAAAUAAUACAAGAAUAUGAUAUAAAAGAAGAAAACCAAUUAUAUACUAUGGACCUAUAUGGGGAGCAUCUUAUGAAAGAUGAGGAAGUGAAUAUUGAUGAGCUUUUGUAUAAUGAUGAAGAAUUUUUUGAUAAUAUAUUUAAAGUAAAAUAUGAGAAAAAUAAAACAUAUAAUUGUAAUAAAGCUAUAAAAUAUGUAUUAGAAUCUUUUUCAAAACAUAUACCUAUCGCCCCCAAAUUUGGUUUAUUAAAUUAUGAAAAUACAUUGGCAUAUGUUCCAUAUACAUCUAUAGAAGUUAUUUUUAAUGAUCAACAAGUAUAUGGUAAUAUGCAAAACCAUCAUCCUGCAUGUAUUCUAUAUGACUUGGAAAAUAAUUAUCAUUGGCGCCCCUUUUUAAAUCAUGAGCCACCACAAAUAAAAAGUGAAAUAACAAUUUCAACUCCAUUAAGUGAUAAACUUUCAAUAAAAUAUAUGAAGGAACUGGAAGAAGAAUUACAGGAAAUGAUUUUUUUUAUUAGAAACGUUGAAGGAUUAGAAACAAAUUUUGAUCAUUCAAAAGAAAUAAAAUAUUUUUUAGAAAUGUAUAUUGAUAUAUGUGAAUAUAAGUUAAACUUAGACAACAACUUUAAUCCUAAACCAGAAAACUAUGAAUAUAAAAAUGGAAAAGAAAUCGAAAAAAAUGUGAAUAACGGUUCAAUGUCUGGAAAUAAGGAAAAUAGUAUGGAAAAUAUGAAUAAAAUAAAUGAUAAUAAUAUUUAUAAUAAUGAAUCCAAAAAAAGCUGGUCUCAAUAUAAAAACGAUUUUUAUCCAAAUAUCGAAGGGCAAUAUAUAAAUAAAGAAAAUAUAAAUUUUCAUAAUUCUUAUCAUCCAGCUAAAAAUGUAGAAAUAAUGAAUAGUGAAAAAAAAAAAAAAUUAUCUAAUAUUCCUCAAGAUUAUGUAUAUGGAAUGAAUAAUGAAAUAUAUAAUGAUGGAAAGGAGGAAUAUAUAAAAAAUUAUGUUUUUAAUAAAAAUAGCACUGAUAUAUUAAAUAAUUAUGAUGAAAAAAUCAAAAGUAAAAACAUUAAACGUUUUAGUAACGUUCCUUUACACCAUCAAUAUAACGAACAAGACAUAAAUUGGCAUUUAGAUAUUCCAAAUUAUAUUUACAAUUGUGAUAAUAUUAAAAAAGAAAAGGAUAUAAAUGAUGAUAUAGAUUGCAAUGAUAAUCCGAGAAAAGGAGACAAAAUACGGGUCGUAAUAGAUGAUGAAAAAGAAAAAAAUAUAUACAACGAAUAUUGUGUAGAACAUAAUUGUGAAGAAUAUGAAGAGGAAAUAUACAAAGAAAUAAAAGAAAGAUAUUAUCGUUGUGAUGAUAGUGAAUUCUCUGACAAUAUAACUCAUAAAAAUAUUCCAAGAAAAUAUAUGAAAAAUAAUAAUAAUAUUCUUAAAUUAGAAAAAAAAUUAAAAAAAUAUGAAAAAAUUAUGAAAAAAGAAAUGAUUGAUAUUAAAUUGGCUCGUAAAGGUGUACAAGACAAAAAUAAAAAAAAAUUAUUUUCGAAAUUUUUAGAUGCACAGGAAUAUUUGAUGAAUAAUCUGGAAAAUAAAAAUUAUUUGAAUUGUGAUAAUAACAUAAAUGAGAUCAAAAUUGGAAAUGAAGAUAAUGCUGAAAUUUAUCACAACAAUCUUAACUGUAAACAAAAUAGUAAUUGGAAUAAAUAUAAUGCACAGAAUAUAAAAGAAAAAAAUAUAGGUUAUCCAAAAUGUGGAAAAAUGAAAUAUCCAAUCAAUGGAUAUUUUAUUAUUCCUUCAAAAAGUAGUAGGAAUAAUAUAUAUACUUUUGUGGAUGUAGGGAAAAAUGAAAAAAAAAAUUAUAAAAAAAAAGGAGAUAGAGAAAAAGUAAAAGUGGGCAAAAAUGAUAAGCAAUGUGAGAAAAAAAAGAGAAAAAAUAAUUUUCUUAAUAUGUGUAAAAAAUCAUAUAAUAUAAAAUUAAUAGAUGAUAAAAAUUUAAAUAAAAAAUGGGCAAUUAAAAAAAAAUAUAAUAAAAUAAAAGUGGGGAAAUUUAGAUUAGGAGGGCGUAUACACAUUAGUGGAAAAAGAAAAAACAAAUUAUUUUGUGAAAAUAUUUCUUUUUUCAUAAAUUCAAAUAUCAUCAAAAAUAAUGGGGAAACGCAAUUUUUAAUUGAUAAAGAAGCAACAAAUUUUACCAAAAAUAAAAAAUUUGCAUAUGAAAGUAUUCAUCAAAUGUACAUUUCAGAAACAGAAGGGAAGAAUAACCAUACAAUUGCAGAAGAUCAGAGUUUGAAAUUGGACACUCAAAUAAAUCAAAAAUGGCCUAUGAAUAUGCUAAAUGAAUCUAAUGAUGAAAAUAUAAUAAUCAAAAAUAAAACAAUUCCAAAAAAUUUUGGUGAACUGGCAAUGGGUAAAAAAUUUGAAAAAAAUGAAAAUGGUGAAAAUAAAUCUGAAAAAAAUAUUUCAGAAGUUUCUCCACCCAAAACAUGGUCAAGAUUAGAUACGACAUCUAAAUAUGCUGCCCAUCAAAUUUCACAAUGGAACUGGUACUAUGCCUUGGAGGAGCAAUAUUUCAAUUGGCAAUACUACAAAUUUCCAGUUCCGGCAAAUCAUACUUUUGUUGGAUUCCCCAUCCAUUUUUCGACACCUGACUUUUCCGAAAUAAAAACCUUCUUGCUGAACUCCAAACGAUUUGACAAUAUAAUGAAGCUUUCAAUAAAUAACAUUUCAUUUGUUAUAUAUUGCAAGUCUUAUCCUUUAAUUGGAGGUGUAAUGUCUAAUUGGGUAUUUUUAGGAUGUUUGGUUCCUUGGAUGACUACUCAAGAAAGAGAAAUAAAUAUUAAAAAAAGAUUUCAUAGAAAUCAUAAUGAAAGAUAG